AUGGCAGACCUGCAGCCACACGCCAUGGACGAAGAGGCGGUGAUUGAAAGAGCUCGGGACAGCGAAAGCGGCAGCGACGGCGCGGCGGAAAAGCUGGAUGGCGUUCUCGCGGUCGAGGAUGAGCUGGCCGCCAAUGAUGUUGAAGCAGAGAAUUCGCCGGUGGAAGAGGUCCGAGCUGCUGUCCCGAACACGGACGAUCCAGACAUGCCCUGCAGCACCUUCAGGGCCUGGUUUCUGGGCGUGUUGUUCGUCCUGCUGGGCUCCGGCGUCAACAUUUUCUUCUCUCUGCGCUACCCGAGCGUGCAGAUCACCUCGUUGGUCGCACAGCUCGAACACACGCUGAUAACCAUCAUGGCGAAUCUCGCCUUCCCAUACGCCACAAUGGCCAACGUCAUUGAAAUGCAAAAAGGCUUUAUGGGCGUUGACGCACCUGCCGGAUACAUCUUCAUGUCCAUCCUGUCCACGCAGUUCCUUGGCCUGGCCAUGGCCGGGCUCUGCUCCGAAAUCUUCGUCGAUCCUUCUGAAAUGUACUGGCCCAGCACCCUCGCUAACAUGGCUCUCUUCCGCACACUGCAUUCCAGAGAGAACGCUGUUGCCGACGGCUGGAGGAUUUCCCGCUACCGUUACUUCAUCUAUGUUUUUGUUGCGUCGUUCAUAUGGUAUUGGGGCCCAGGCUUCCUGUUUACCGCCCUCAGCAAUUUUACCUGGAUCUGCUGGAUUGCCCCCAACAAUGUAGUCGUGAACCAGCUCUUUGGCCAAAUCUCCGGACUGGGCUGGUCUCCAAUUACCUUCGACUGGGCCCAAGUCGCCUACAACAACUCCCCACUUGUCAGCCCGUUCAUUGCGCAAAUCAACGUCAUCAUCGGCUGGGCUUUCUUCUACGCCCUUCUCCCGUGCAUCAUUUACUACAAGAACAUCUGGUACACUGGCUACUUCCAGAUCAAUGCGAAUGCGGCCUACGAUAACACAGGUGCCAGCUACAACAUGUCUCGCGUCAUCGAUUCCAAUGGCGUCUUUGAUUAUGAAGCAUACCGGGCCUACUCGCCAAUCUUUCUGCCUACCUCGUUCGCCAUAUGCUUUGGAGUUGCCUUCGCACUGCUGACGUGCCUGCCCGUCUACACGAUCCUUUUCCAUGGACAUCAGAUCCGGGCUGCAAUCACUGGCCAAAAUACUUACGAUAUCCACCAGCGCUUGAUGCGGCGCUAUCGCGACGUGCCCAAAUGGUGGUACGCACUCAUUCUUCUCGUCUGCUUUGGGAUCGCUGUUGGUUCUGCUGAGCGAUACGAGACGGGAUUUCCGGCGUGGGCCAUCUUCCUGGCUUUCGUUUUGGCAGGCGGAUUUGUCAUUCCCGUGUCGAUUGUCAUGGCGACAUCGAAUCAGAAUGUCAACAUGCUGUGGGCACUUGGAGAGAUCAUAGCCGGAUUCCUCAUACGCGGCCGGCCCAUUGUCAACUCGAGCUUCAAAUACCUCAUCUACACGGGCGUCUCGCAGGCGAUGUCCUUUGGCGCCGACAUGAAGCUGAGCGUCUACUCCAAGGUACCCAAGCGUGUCACCUUCACGUGCCAGAUGCUUGCGGCGCUGCUGUCUACGGUGGUCCAGACGGGCGUCCUGACGUGGGCGCUCAACCACAUCCCAGACAUCUGCACGACGGACCAAGCGGAUAAGUUUACCUGCCCGCAGGGCCGCACAAACUUUGUGGCCAGCGUCGUGUGGGGUGGCGUCGGGCCGGCGCGGCUGUAUGCCGUGGGCCAGCGGUACAGCGGUCUGCUGCACAUGUUCUGGAUCGGAGCGUUGCUGCCGCUGCUAACGUGGGCGCUGCUGUGGUUCCGGCCACGGUUGAGGGAGAGCUGGGUGCGCCAUGUUUCGUGGCCACUGCUGCUGGGUGGCACGGCGAACAUUCCGCCUGCCACGGGCAUCAACUUCACCUCGUGGUUCCUCGUGGGAAGCGUUUUCAACUGGGCGAUCAAGCGCAGGCGCGGCCAAUGGUGGGCCAAGUACAAUUACGUCACCAGUGCAGCGCUUGAUAGCAGUGUCGCGCUCGCUGGCCUGGUGAUUUUCUUCGCUGUUAGCUACCCGGGGGCGAGCGUGAAGUGGUGGGGAACAGUGGGUUAUGCGAAUACGGCGGAUGGGAGAGGGGAGAGCUACUACAAGAUUCCUGAGAAUGGAACUAUCGGCCCGGAGACGUGGUAG